AUGGCUCUUGAGUUUAUUGAGGUUCCGUAUUGGUUGACUUAUGAUUUCCCACCAGAGGUCAGGGAAAAACUAAAUCACCAAUGGGGAUCAGACUGGAAAGGUCAAGCACAAAAGUGGUUCCUCCUUAAAUUUACAGGAAAGGAUGAAGAGAUAGAUCUUUUGGGUGAUGGAACUGAGAAGCCUGAGUUUGGAGAGUGGAAAUGGAUGUCACCGGAACAAGUAGUUGAUCUGGCAGUGGAUUUCAAGAGGCCUGUUUACAAAGAAGUUUUGACAGUUCUCUCCCCCCAUCUUGAAUAA